GGUGAGUAUCCAUUGCGUUUUCUGGUCAAUUGCUAUGAGGCAGUGGAUUUGUCUGGUCUAUUGUCGCUAGCCAUGCAAAAUCAACAUCAUGAUUGAGUUAUAGGCAGAGUACCUGAGCGGGGAACUGUUCUUGCCUCGAUUCAUGGGGGCGAUUGGCAGCGAGCUUAUUCGACUUCAGACAUUUCCUGCUGAAUUUUCUGCUAUUAUGAUCAAUCAUAUUCCGCCUCAGUCAACAAAUCCGAGUAAACUAACUAGUCAUACCAGGUUUGACAGUCUCGACUCACAUUCAAAAUGGUAUCAUAUCCUAAGAAGAAGUGCGGUGUUCUUGGAGCCACUGGCUCCGUUGGCCAACGCUUCAUCCUCCUGCUUGCGGAUCACCCUUUCUUGGAACUUCAUGCCGUCGGUGCUUCGGAGCGCUCCGCUGGAAAGGCCUACAAGGAUGCCGUGAGAUGGAAGCAGACUACGGCUAUGUCCGAGAAGCUUAGCAACCUCGUUCUUCGUGAUUGCAAGGCUGACCAGUUCGCUGACUGUGAUCUGGUCUUCUCCGGAUUGAACAGUGACGUUGCGGGCGACCUUGAAAUGGAAUUCAUCAAGGCCGAGAUCCCCGUAUUUUCCAAUGCGAAGAACUACCGCAAGCACCCUCUUGUCCCUCUCAUUGUCCCUACCGUCAACCCUCACCACUUCGAUCUCAUCCCUCACCAAAGAAAGCAGUUCGGUCUGAAGAAGGGUUUCCUGGUCUGCAACUCCAACUGCGCCGUCAUUGGCAUCGUCAUUCCGUUCGCCGCACUCCAGGCCAAGUUCGGACCUGUUGUCGAGGUGGAAGUGUUCACCGAGCAAGCUCUGUCCGGAGCCGGUUACCCCGGUGUCCCCAGCAUGGACAUUCUGGACAAUGUCAUUCCAUUCAUCAGCGGCGAGGAGGACAAGCUUGAGAACGAGGCCCAGAAGAUUCUCGGCUCUCUGAACGCCGAUGCCACUGGCUUUGAAGAGCAGGCCGGCCUCAGAGUGGGCGCGACUUGCACUCGCGUUGGAGUCACCGACGGUCACAUGGCGUUUGUCUCCCUGCGCUUCAAGAACCGCCCAGCGCCCAGCGCAGAGCAGGUUGUUCAGGCGAUGAGAGAAUACCAGUCCGAGGCGCAGAAGCUGGGUGCCCCUUCGGCUCCUGCCGAGGCUAUCAAAGUCUUCGACGAGCCCGAUCGGCCGCAGCCCAGACUCGACCGUGACAUCCACAAGGGAUACACCGUCAGUGUUGGACGAGUUCGCGAGGGCCAGGAAGGUGGCUACUUCGAUAUUCGGUUUGCUGCCUUGUCGCACAACACCGUUCUCGGCGCUGCAGGAUCCUCUAUCCUCAACGCCGAGGUUGCUGUUAUCAAGGGCUACAUCUAGGCACUCCCGGUAUUAGAAUGUAUAUAGAGACUUGGGCUAGCGUGUUUCAUUUGUAAAGAGCUUGACAAUUUAGAUAGCCUGGGCUUAGCGGCGAAAGCGUUAUGGUGG